UCCAUGUCUUCAUCCAUUGUAUAUGUAGUGGUGGCGGGUAGUACAGCUGUCCAACCCCAAGUUUUAUUCUCAGCCUCAUCAAUCCUUUAUCAUGCUUCGUCCCACGUCGAUCUUCUCGGCCGUCCUCCUCCUCAUCUCGACACAGGUAUCAGCACAACUGGACCUGCAAGGCGCUGAUCCGAAAGACUCCGACGCCUGCCUCAGCCUAAGCUCCGUCAACGAGCUAGGUUUCCUAUCCAACGGCGUGGACCUAUGGAAAAGUCUCAAUAUCGAUAGCAUCCUCACGAAUUUUGUGUCUGGCGGUCUGUCACAGACGUGGGUAAAGGACUUCUACCUCAAUGAAGCUCUCACGCCCGACGAGGCUGCCAACGCCGGAAAUUUCGAUUGCACGACAGAGAACUCGACGUGUGUUCCCGUCUUCGGCAGCUGCGAUAGUUACCAGUCUGCACAGGCUAUGGCGGUAACAUUUGCGCUAGUCAAUGCGCAUCGCCUGUUGAGCAUUCAAAUCAAGUCGUAUGACGAGGCCGUCAACAUCUUCUCAGCGGAGUAUGUCUUUGAAUUCUCCUGUUGCGUUCCAAGCACAUUUUUGCAUAAGGAAUAGCCCACUCAUAUGUCCUUGUAGUGGUAACUCGGUCG